AUGAUCAAAAGACCAUUUCCUCUCUCUCUUUCUCUCUCUCUUCUCGCUCUUUCUGUGAUCAAGUAUCAUCUUCUUCAUCCCCAUUCUCUCUCUGUCUGCACCGUUCGGUCUGUUGAGAUGUUGGGCGCUGGAUUGCAGUUUGGGCGGAGUCGUAACGGAGAAGAUCGAUUUUACAGUGUGGCGAAGGCUCGGCGAAAUCAGGAAAAUCUUCGGAGAGCUCAGAGUGAUGUUACUGCGAGUAAAUCGUCGUCUUUAAAGGAAAAACCUUUGGUUCCAUCGCCAAAGAGUCGGAAUGAGUCGGAAGAGCCUCAGAAAAAGCCGGUCGCUUUGCCGGUACCGGACCCUGUGACGUCGUCGCCGUUGUGUAAUCUGGAGCACUUUCUCGAAUCAAUUAUGCCCUCUGUUCCUGCUCAGUAUUUAUCAAAGACGACUAUGAGGGGAUGGAGGACGUGUGAUGUGGAAUUUCAACCAUAUUUUGUGCUGGGUGAUUUAUGGGAGUCAUUCAAGGAGUGGAGUGCAUAUGGGGCUGGAGUGCCUUUGAUAUUGAAUGACAGUGAUUCUGUUGUUCAGUAUUAUGUGCCCUAUUUGUCAGGCAUUCAAUUAUAUGGCAACUCUACGAAAUCUUUGGUGAAAUCAAGACAACCAGGCGAGGACAGUGAUGGUGACUAUUUCAGGGACUCAAGUAGCGAUGGAAGCAGUGAUUGUGAAUAUGAAAGAGGUUGCUCAGGUUAUUUGAGGGAGCAAAAGAGUUAUCAUCAUCGAACAAGUGAGAUUCCUCUAAGAAUUGAUAGGUUGUCUUUGAGAGACCAGAAUAUUGCCUUUCAAGAGGGCUUUUCUAGCGAUGAGGGUGAAACUGGGAACUCUCAAGGUUUCCUGUUGUUCGAGUAUCUAGAGCGGGACCAACCUUAUAGCCGGGAACCUUUAGCUGACAAGAUAUCAGAUCUUUCCCACCGCUUUCCCAUACUAAAAACACUAAGAAGUUGUGACCUACUGCCCUCCAGCUGGUUUUCUGUAGCCUGGUAUCCGAUAUAUAGGAUCCCAACAGGACCAACAUUAAAGGAUCUGGAUGCUUGCUUUCUAACCUUCCAUUCUCUUCAUAUACCCAUGACAGGCACUCAAGUUGCACAUGCUCCAAUUGUCACAUAUCCCACUGAGAUUGACGGUGUUCCCAAGAUUAGAUUGCCAGUUUUUGGCCUUGCUUCAUACAAGUUUAAAGCAUCUUUGUGGACCCCUGAUGGGAGAUGUGAGCGCCACCUGGUGAACUCCUUAUUGCAGGCUGCCGAUAAUUGGCUAAGAAUACUUCAUGUCAAUCAUCCGGACUUCCUUUUCUUCUGCCGUAGGUGAGAUUAAGAGGACUUCUCUUUUGUUAUUAGCCCUUCAAUCUAGUGAGAAGCCCAACGUCUCUUGGUAGUUGCAUGGAUCGCCUUUACUAAGACUUGGUGGGGAGAAUUUGAGUAUCAGGGUUUCUCUGACUGUUUUCCUAUUAUUGAUAGGUGUUAGCAAUAAAAAAGGAACCCGAAAAAAAAAAAAAAAGAAAGAAAAAUAGAACAAAAAUGCUGUGGAAUGGAUGGAGGGCAACUAUUAUUGGGUGAAAGAAAAAUGAUUAGAGAAAAUAUGAAGUUACAAAAGGUGCAAGAGGGGCUGGAUUAAACCAAGUUAAGCAACGGUUUGGCUUGUUAUAAAAAAUGUGAGUCUUGGUCGAAUUUUCCUAUAUUUAUUGUACACGGUAUGAGUAAACAGGCUCUUAUUUCUAUCAUGAUGAUUAGUUUGCAUGUUGUACCGUUUUGUUUUACCAUUUUAAGGGGAUUUUGAUAGAGAAGUAUAAGAGGGUCAAGUUUAGCUCCCCUCCUUUGUACACUGUCUUCUUUUUAGACUUGAAUUGUGCUUAAAAUAGUAACAUUAAUGAAGUUAUGGUUAGGCAUAUGGCUGUUUCAG